GGCCUGGGGGCAACUGUGAAAAGUUCACUUGAAAUGUGCAAACUCACCUCCACUGUAAAAAUCUGCCUCUGCAUAAGUUAUAUGGAAACUAUACAUCUUUUCAAAACUUUCAUGACCCAGUUUUUUCCUGGAGCAAUUUUCCUCUUUUGUUCUUCAAGAUGGCCAUAACAGACGUUACAGCGUGGGCGGUAAGCGGGAGAAUAAAUAAGGUGUUCCAACCUUCUUCAGGAGCUAGCGACAGCGAUUCCGAUUUGAGCCCCGCCCCCUGGAGCCUGCGGGCGCUCGAUUGGUGGACGAUUCUCUCCAGACGUCCCCUGAAGAGCUGCCAUGUCUGGGAAUUCUGCCCCUUCCUCAGAACAGAACAACAACAACUAUGAAACCAAAACAAAUCUCCGAAUGUCAGAGAAGAAAUGUUCGUGGGCAUCCUACAUGACCAACUCCCCAACCCUCAUUGUUAUGAUUGGCUUACCAGCCCGGGGCAAAACCUACGUGUCCAAGAAACUCACACGCUACCUCAACUGGAUUGGGGUACCCACCAAAGUGUUUAAUCUUGGGGUGUAUCGGCGUCAAGCGGUCAAGUCCUAUAAGUCCUAUGACUUCUUCCGGCAUGACAACGAGGAGGCCAUGAAGAUACGCAAACAGUGUGCUCUGGUGGCGCUGGAGGAUGUGAAGGCGUAUCUCACGGAGGACAGUGGGCAGAUUGCGGUGUUUGAUGCUACCAAUACCACUCGAGAGAGGAGGGCCUUGAUUUUGAACUUUGCCGAGGAGAAUUCCUUCAAGGUGUUCUUUGUGGAAUCCGUCUGCGAUGAUCCCGAUGUCAUUGCUGCUAACAUCCUGGAGGUAAAGGUGUCGAGCCCUGACUACCCUGAAAGGAACAGGGAGAAUGUGAUGGAGGACUUCCUAAAGAGAAUUGAGUGCUACAAAGUCACCUAUCAACCCCUUGACCCAGACAACUAUGACAAGGAUCUUUCUUUCAUCAAGGUGAUAAACGUGGGCCAGCGAUUUCUAGUGAACAAAGUCCAGGACUACAUCCAGAGCAAGAUCGUCUACUACCUCAUGAAUAUCCAUGUCCAUCCUCGCACCAUUUACCUUUGCCGGCACGGAGAGAGCGAGUUCAAUCUCUUGGGGAAGAUUGGGGGUGACUCAGGCCUCUCAGUGCGGGGAAAACAGUUUGCCCAGGCUCUAAGGAAGUUUCUGGAGGAACAGGAGCUAGCAGACCUCAAAGUGUGGACAAGUCAGUUGAAGAGGACUAUCCAGACCGCUGAAUCUCUGGGGGUGACCUAUGAGCAGUGGAAGAUUCUGAAUGAGAUCGAUGCUGGCGUGUGCGAGGAGAUGACUUAUGCGGAGAUAAAGGAGCAGUACCCAGACGAGUUUGCGCUUCGAGAUGAAGAGAAAUAUCUGUAUCGAUAUCCUGGAGGGGAGUCGUACCAGGACCUGGUGCAGCGGCUGGAGCCUGUCAUCAUGGAGCUGGAGCGUCAGGGCAACGUCCUCGUCAUCUCCCACCAGGCUGUCAUGCGCUGCCUCCUGGCCUACUUCUUGGACAAGGGUGCAGAUGAGCUACCGUACCUGAGGUGCCCUCUCCAUACCAUCUUCAAACUUACUCCUGUGGCCUACGGGUGCAAAGUGGAAACAAUUAAACUUAACGUGGAGGCUGUGAACACUCACCGUGACAAGCCAACUCCUCUUUCCUGCUUUGAAGUAUGGUGCUCAAGGAGCUUCUACCCCUACAACCUUUAGUCUCCCGGGGCUGGGGGACCAGGCCGUGGCCCACGUCUUAGGAGAGACCCCAUCUGCAGAGGAGCAGGAGUGCAGGAGGCUGCUGUGGUUUAUGAGUGAGCUUCUGGCUUGGCUUUCAUUUGUGUGGUGUCCCUCGUU